AUGACUUUCCAAAAUCCGUCACCUCAAGCGGAUCUCUCCCUGAUGAACAAGCUGCCGUCGGCGCCAUCUAACGGACCUGUUCCGAGUCCACCAGUACCCAUAAACUCUUCUAGCUCGCAACUACCCACAACAACCACUUCUCAGAAGCCCUCGCCUAAGAGGUCUUAUGAUGUGUUUGCUGAGCCCUCGACAAUGCAAUUUAGCACACUGGUCCGGAUGCAUCCAGUGCCUUCACACGCUUCUGGCUCACGACCGCCCGCGGCAACAACUUUCCAGGACUCUUGGCCCCAAGUACCUGCCGUUUCUUUCGACUUGCGAACAUCACCGAGCCAGAACAACCACUUUCAAUCUGCGAUGAAGGCGCAUGAUGGCUUGAGAGCCACCCAACAGAAGUUGCGCCAAGCACAUGGGAAUCUGCUUCAAGUGGAAGUCGAUCUUUUUCAAACGAUUAAGAAUGUCGAACGCCAUGCGCUCCAUACCCGUUUGAAGACAAUACGGGAUCCGAUAUCAAACUUGCAAAGUUGGAUCAACCACCUGGGUCACCGCUACAACGUAGUCGAAAAACGUGCCGACUUGAUCACACAUGCGGUUCUUUCGGUCGGCAAGCCAAUCUGUGCCGCCCUGGAAAGGUUGGAGGACAACCUCGGAGCACUCAUGGUCUACGUCACAAAGUAUACUCCGGUGAAAUCAAUGUCAGAGCCAGACCUGCAGAAGAGGCUUAUGGACUUGGAUGAACUCGCACGGAUGGCCCUGAAAGCCAUCAUGGAGAUUCAGCAGCCGUUAAAGUCUCUGCAGACUGAGUUCAAUCACGAGAUUCAACUUCUUCAUGAAAGCAUUGGGCAUGGACGACCGUUCGACUCCUUGAACGAGGAGGAGCAGAAAGCGCACCGGAAGGAAUUAUGGAGAAAUGCGGUCACUAUCUCGUACGACAAUGCGGACAGAACCGUGCGCGCUGUUCGUGUGAAGCAGGCCUUUGCAAGUUGCAGAUUUGGUUGCAAGAGCAGAGUGGAUGAUGCGAUUGGGCAACUGGGGGCGGCUAGCAUUGCGCUGAAUGCUGUCACCAAUACUGGUGCCGGGCCAACGUAG